AUGGCGACACACGGGUCGCGUGUUGUGGUCUUGGGCUGGCUAGAAGAUGGAAAGCGGCUGUUUUCUGCGGAUGACAAAUUCAAUAUUGUCAUUUGGAGGUGGGAUAAUCUGGAGAGGGUGCAGGAGGAGGAAGAGGAAGUCGACAAGGUCAACAAGGAAGGGCAAGAAUUCACGGCUGUUGCGUGGUCAAGCGAUGACAUAUGUGCUACUGUGGUUGGAGACGUAGUGAUGUACGAUGUGAAGACGGGGAAGAAGAUGUGGGGGGAUGCUGAGACACACGUAAGCCCUGUGUAUUGUCUGGAGAUGUCUGGAGAUAGCAAGCGGGUGUUUACGGCAGCAGAAGAUGGAACGUUUGCGAUGUGGGACAGCAAGACGGGCGACAAGUUGUGGGAAUGCGGGGAGGCCUGGGCCAAGGAUGGUUACGAUGCAUGUUGGUCCAAUGAUGGGACGAGGGUGUUCGUGUCGUUUGGAAGGGGGAUGGGGUUGUGGGACGGGAAGACUGGGAACAAAUCGCGCUUGGCGGCGAGGGCGGGGUCGUGCUGUUAA